AUGGCGUCCUCAAUUUUACUCUCACUCCCAUUUCUCUCUCCUCCAUUCCAAAAGCCUAAACCCCCAAAUUUCAAACCCUCACUUUCCCUCUCCCAAAAAUCAAUUUCCCGGCAAUUUAUCCACUCAAUUUCACUCACUACCUCAAUCAAAUGCACUCCAAAAAUUCCGCUGCUCCAACAAUGGAAAUUACUCGCCGGAACUUCCUUCGGAGACUCCGAUGACGAAGAAACCGACGCUUUUCUUGUCGGUGAAGAUUCCGCGGUUUUCGAAUUAAGUAGUCAGAAACUAAUUUCUUGGGUUUACUUCGCUGUGAUUUUAGGAGUUGUGUUAUUCGCGCUUAAUUUUCUCUGGAUUGAUAAUGCGACUGGAUUUGGCAAGUAUUUUAUUGAUGCCGUUGAGAGUGUUUUUCAAAGCCCUGAGAUUAUUCAUGACUCAAAAUUGGUCAAUGUUCGUCUAUUGUUCUUCUCAGAUUAUCAAUUUAAUGCGUUGAAUUAUUCAUCAUCAUGUCAUCAUGUGUAUUUGAUUGCUCCUCUUAUCAAUUUGAUACAAUGGGAAUUUAAUGAGGAGAAAAAGAAAGAAAAGCUUGAUAUAUCUUUGUUGGAUUCUGGUAAUAAGGCAUUUUUGAGUUGUCAAAGAUCAACAUUAAAGAAGCUCUUACAUGAAACGAGACAAAUGGAGCAGAUAUUUGGGGUGGAAGGAGUAUUAGCCUACAAGGAGUCAUCAAGUGGCAUGCCUUCAGUUGCUAUGCUUUGUUCUUUCUGUAAUCUUAAUGUAUUUUUGAGUACCACAAUCCACCUCGAUGUAGUCCAGUCUUGUGGUCAGGCGAUCUGGUGUUUAGCUCACACAAUUUGGAUUGGAAACUCUGUAGCAGUCGCUGCCUCCAUCGGCUUGAUCGGACAUCACUUAUUUGGUGUUUGGAACGGGGAUAGACAGUUGGCUUUACGAUAUGGGGAUGCUUUGAGACUGUGA